AUGUAUCCACCAUCACAGCCUCCAUCUGGACCGCAAUGUGGCCCAGGACAAAAACUAGGUCCGUUUGGUCAAUGUAUUAGUGCCGGAGUUCCACCUAGCCCACCAUCACCGUCUCCAUCUGGACCGCAAUGUGGUCCGGGACAAAAAAAAGGUCCAUAUGGUCAAUGUAUUAGUGCCGGAGUUCCGCCUAGUCCACCAUCACGGCCUCCAUCUGUACCGCAAUGUGGCACAGGACAAAAACUAGGUCCGUUUGUUCAAUGUAUUAGUGCCGGAGUUCCACCUAGCCCGCCAUCACCGACUCCAUCUGGACCGCAAUGUGGUCCGGGACAAAAACAAGGUGCAUAUGGUCAAUGUAUUAGUGCCGGAGUUCCACCUAGUGCACCAUCACCGCCUCCAUCUGGACCGCAAUGUGGCCCAGGACAAAAACCAGGUCCGUUUGGUCAGUGUAUUAGUGCCGGAGUUCCACCUAGUCCACCAUCACCGCCUCCAUCUGGACCGCAAUGUGGCCCAGGACAAAAACCAGGUCCGUUUGGUCAAUGUAUUAGUGCCGUUGUUCCACCUAGCCCGCCAUCACCGACUCCAUCUGGACCGCAAUGUGGUCCGGGACAGAAACAGGGUCCAUAUGGUCAAUGUGUUAGUGCCGGAGUUCCACCUAGUCCACCAUCACCGCCUCCAUCUGGACCGCAAUGUGGCCCAGGACAAAAACCAGGUCCGUUUGGUCAAUGUAUUAGUGUCGGAGUUCCACCUAGCCCGCCAUCACCGACUCCAUCUGGACCGCAAUGUGGUCCGGGACAAAAACAAGGUCCAUAUGGUCAAUGUGUUAGUGCCGGAGUUCCACCUAGUCCACCAUCACCGCCUCCAUCUGGACCGCAAUGUGGCCCAGGAUUAAAACCAGGUCCGUUUGGUCAAUGUAUUAGUGCCGGAGUUCCACCUAGUCCACCAUCACCGCCUCCAUCUGGACCGCAAUGUGGCCCAGGACAAAAACCAGGUCCGUUUGGUCAAUGUAUUAGUGUCGGAGUUCCACCUAGCCCGCCAUCACCGACUCCAUCUGGACCGCAAUGUGGCCCGGGACAAAAACAAGGUCCAUAUGGUCAAUGUGUUAGUGCCGGAGUUCCACCUAGUCCACCAUCACCGCCUCCAUCUGGACCGCAAUGUGGCCCAGGAUUAAAACCAGGUCCGUUUGGUCAAUGUAUUAGUGCCGUUGUUCCACCUAGCCCGCCAUCACCGACUCCAUCUGGACCGCAAUGUGGUCCGGGACAGAAACAGGGUCCAUAUGGUCAAUGUGUUAGUGCCGGAGUUCCACCUAGUCCACCAUCACCGCCUCCAUCUGGACCGCAAUGUGGCCCAGGACAAAAACCAGGUCCGUUUGGUCAAUGUAUUAGUGCCGGAGUUCCACCUAGCCCGCCAUCACCGACUCCAUCUGGACCGCAAUGUGGUCCGGGACAAAAACAAGGUCCAUAUGGUCAAUGUGUUAGUGCCGGAGUUCCACCUAGUCCACCAUCACCGCCUCCAUCUGAACCGCAAUGUGGCCCAGGACAAAAACCAGGUCCGUUUGGUCAAUGUAUUAGUGCCGGAGUUCCACCUAGUCCACCAUCACCGCCUCCAUCUGGACCGCAAUGUGGCCCAGGACAAAAACCAGGUCCGUUUGGUCAAUGUAUUAGUGCCGGAGUUUCGCCUAGUCUACCAAGUCCGCCAUCUGGUCCACAAUGCGGCCUGGGAGAAAGAAUUGGACCUUAUGGACAAUGCAUUCCUCUAAGACAGACACCGAUUUCACCACCUGUCUCUAGUCCACCCAGUACUGGACCUAGACCAACAUCUCCGACCAGGAUACCUGACAAAACUGGAUCGGGUAGUAACGUUCAAUUGACGAACUUAACUGAUGCUUCUAGAAUACCUGUUGGCUGUGCUGCUGCUUUGAAAUGCGUCCAGGAAAUCUACUGUAAUGCUGACGGUUUUGUUAGUCCCGUGCCUGUUGUUUUGAGCCCUCAACAGCAGUCAUUAAAAGCAGCAACGACAGCUUGUCGUGAUCGUGAAUCAGGCACAACCGGAGUUUGUUGUAGAGAUCCGUAUUACCAAGAUCCUUGGCCGUCAGCGAAUCUAAAGAAUGGCAUCGAUGACGGUCAGUAUGCUGAGGAUGACUCCAUCGGACAGUACCACGGAGAAAGAAAAUAG